AUGGAAACGCUGAAGAAUCGGCGAUCAAUAUUCAUUCCAUUUUUGGAUAAAUAUCUAGAAGAGUUGGACGCGAGAUUUCUUAAACAUCGAGCACUACUGUCAAGGAUACAGAAUAUCAUUCUAGCAAAAUGCGCAGAACUCGAUGAAGAAGAAUUAAACAAAAUCGUCCAUUUUUUCGAAGAAGAAUGGCCAAAUGACGUCAACAGGACUACGGAAGACUUACAAUUUGACAUGAAGAUAUGGAAGUGGUUCUGUUCAAACAUGCCUGCAAAAGAGCGGCCAAAAACGUUUAUCGAAGCUCUGGACGUCUGCGAUAUAAAAUUUUACAAGCAGAUCUACAGGUUUCUCCAAAUUUGUGGUACACUGCCUGUCACUGUUGCCUCCAGUGAACGGUCCUUCCAGAGCUGCCAGAUCUACUGCGCCAGUAGUAGACCUAGUAUCAAGCCAACCACUGACUGA